UCAGUCGCCCGCGAUAAGCUUGCGGCUUCCCGAUGAAGGUCAGAGAUGUCAAAACGGACCUAAGCUACACACAUGGUUAAACCCUCGUCUUUCUAAACGUAGUAGUUGCCGGCCAGGCAGAAGUUCCAACAAUGGAGAGAAUAUUGCGCGGCAUAAUGCGAUAUCGUAUUUUGGACCGGGCAACCAUGGUUAAACAGUUCCAAGAAGUCAAGGAUAAUCCAGUGCCAAAAGCCAUAUUUUACACAUGCAUGGACAGUAGGAUGAUACCUACAAGAUUUACCGAAACCUGUGUAGGAGAUAUGUUUGUUGUAAGAAAUGCCGGAAAUCUUAUACCGCACUCUCAACAUUUUGUAGAUGAAAUGACAAGUUGUGAACCUGCUGGCUUAGAACUCGCCUGUAUUAUCAAUGAUAUCAGGCAUGUGAUUGUGUGUGGUCACAGUGACUGCAAAGCCAUGAAUUUACUUUACAAACUUAAAAGUAAAGAAGAAUCAAGCUUAGAACAAAGAAGAAUCUCUCCGUUGAAAUCGUGGUUGUGUUCUCACGGGAAGUCAAGUUUAAACAAGUUUCUUGAAAUUGGGGAUGAUUUUGAAAAGCCCAUUCUGUUUACUGGAGAAACACCACAAAGAAAAUUUGUAGCUUAUAUUGACCCGGAGAAUAAUUUUUGUAUUGAAGACAAAUUAUCGCAGGUAAAUACACUGCAACAACUGCAAAACAUUGCAUCUUAUGGAAUGUUAAAAAAAAGACUCGAGAGACACGAUUUACAUAUACAUGCUUUAUGGUUUGAUAUUUACACCGGCGAUAUAUACUAUUUUAGUAGAAGAGCUAAGAGAUUUCUAAUAAUAGACGAAUCUAGUUAUGAAAUAAUAUUGUCAGAAAUUAGGAGAUACUAUUCUUGAGAAUGAAAAUAUAUCAGUGGUUACAUAAUUUAAUUUUAUAAAUAAACCAAAUCCAGCGGGAACAUAGAUUUUCCGGGAUGUAAAGUAGCCUGUGUGUUAAUCCAGAAUAAAACCUAUUUCCAUUCAAAUUUCAGCCAUAUCGCUUUAGUAGCCGCUGCGCAAAGGAGAAACAUACAUACACACCUACACACAAACUUUUGCCUUUAAAAUAUUAGUGUGAUAAAAAUGCUUUAAUAUUUUAAAAUAUAUAACAUAAAUAAAUAUUUUAUGUAUUAAAAGGAAAAAAAUAAAAAACAUUGCCUGGGACCAAAUGUAUAGACUCAAGUGGAUGAGGUAUCCAAUUUUAUUAUAUUUUGUCCACAGAAGAAUAAUAGGUAGCAGAUAUAGCACAAAUACAAAUUCAAAAACAAAUACAGUCUCAGGUAAGUACGACACAAAGAGUCUCAUCGGAAUCCAAUCAAAUAUUAUUCAAGAUAUAUUGCGUUUUGAUGAUUCUCUUGAGGUUUUGUAUUAAAAAAGAUUUAACACUAACAACAAUUAUGUAAAAUAUUACUAAAAUAGACUAAUCAAUAUUUAGCUAUGAAAAGAUACUCUAUCUUCUUUCUUUAGUUUCGUGAACAGUUUUUUAAAAUAUUUAACACCAUAAAACGCCAUUUUUAUUGAAUAGUAUUAGAAAUUACUAAUGUGGCGAUUUAUGUCGUACUAACUUAAAGAGGUAUUCUAUUUUGAAUAUGUAUUUUGAUUGGCUGCGUCACUGCCUUAUUCCGUGAGCUCUAUCUGCCUAUUAUUCUUUAAUCUGUGCUUAUUAUGAUCAUGUUUAUAAAAUGAUAAACGAGGUGUGUAUUAUUCAUUUAUUAAUACAAUAAGCAACCAAUAUUUUUUGUAAUAUUAAGUUUUCUUACGUCAUAUUAGGAUGUAUUUAUAGGUACGCAAGUAUAACUUGUCUUGAAUGUUUGCAUUUGUUACUUAUUUAUUUUUAUGUUUUGUACUUUUUCAUUUGAUUAAACGAAUAGCUUUAUUUAUAAA